AUAGGCAGCGUACCGACGCUGGCAGUCAUGGCUGUGUAUUUCAGAGCUUACUUUGAAAGGUACUAGGGACAGUAAUAUAAUAUAUUACUACAAUAAAUGUACAUGACAAGUUAUGUGACCUAAAAUGAAAUCAUUUUAGAAUGCUGGAGCAAUAACAAGUCAUUAUGUCCUACAAAGGAUUUGGAUAUAUUGUGGAUUCCUGUCCCCUUAGUAAAGCAAAUACAACAGAGGCAGCUUCCAAACUGAACUGUAUUAAUGACGUGUUUGGACGUAGUCAGUAUGUCUGUGUUCCCAAUGAAAACCUGACAGCUGUUGUAGAAUUCUGUUAUACAAAGUCUAUUGUUGGACUCUAUCAGGCUGGGUAUUGUCUGAAGACAAUAAAAGAUGGAUAUCUGGACCAGAUCAGCUGUAAAAACUUCACGGAAGGUUGCCCAACCGCGCCUUACAGAAGUACAGAGCUUUAUAAAUAUCCAGCUUGCAGUCGUCUUAACACGGAGUUCCGAUGUUUUGCUGCUGAUUCCUUGUGUGUUUCGACUACUACAGAUGACGGAUCCGUUGACGUAGGAGUUAUCCUCGAUGUCGUCCUACCUCUCCUGGUACUGGUGGGGAUUCUGAUAGCAGCCUUUCUAUUUAGAAGACGUCGGCAAAAACUAAAACUAAAAACUAAACUAAAGCGUCGCAAAAAGAUUUUAGGUAAAUCUGUUUUCGAAAUAUACUAACCAAUGCACAUAUGAAAAGUUGAAUUAUUAUAUUGUAUAUGAAGUGCUUGCACAAUGAAAAAAUGUAAAAAUUAACCAUCGUCCUUUUUUGAGAUUCAUUCAUAAGAUGUGCUCUCUAUCAU